AUGUCGUUUUCAUGUUCGAGCGCAAUUAUUGAAAUAGAUGAUGAAUUGUCAUCAUCAACGAUUUCAAGUCCAAUAGUUGUCAAGAAAUCAUCAUCUAAUUCAAACAAAGAUGAUUCAACAAAAGCCUUAUGUAUCGUUUGCAACGGGAAGUUUUCUACUCAAAACAGCGGAUUAGGUGAUAUUCAUCGUCAUACUGAAACAAAUAAACACAAACAAAGUACAAAAGCUGCUGAAGCUAAUCGAACAAAAUCACUUGAUGCAACAUUUGGUAUAACAACAACAGAAUUUAAUCGUUUGACUGCUGUUGAAGGAGCUAUGGUCUUUCAUUCGGUUAAACAUUCUCACAGCUACAUUUCUCAAGGUUGCACAAUGGAUAUGAUCAAACAUUGUUUUUCUGAUUCUCACGUUGGAAAGAACAUUAGUUGCAGCAGGACAAAAGCUCGUGAGAUAGCCUGUAACGUACUUGCCCCGUCAUUAACAGAUGAAAUUGUUCGUGAACUACGAGAUGUUUCUUCUUUUUCCAUUUGCUAUGAUGCUUCGAACAAGGGAAAUGUCAAGAUGCUUCCAAUUGCUGUACAGUUCUUCUCUAGAUUUGGCAUUCGAUGUGGUAUACUGGAUUUUAUUGAACAAAGUGAGGAAUCAGCCGACGCUGUAUUCAAAAAUAUUAAAUAUGUAUUAGAAGCACAUCAAUUAAAAGUUGAACAAUUAGCUUCACUCGGAUCCGAUAACACUAAUGUCAAUGUAGGAGAAUAUCAUAGUAUUUUUUCGUUAUUUGAAGAAUUAUCACCUACAUUGGUGAAAGGAACUUGUUAUUCACAUGUGCUUCAUAAUUCAGUAAAACAUGGAAAUAAACACCUAUUGUUCGAUGUGGAAACAACACUUUUGAAAAUAUAUUCUCAUUUUUGUCGAUCAUCUGUUCGUGUGAGAGAAUUGAAGAAUUACUUUGAUUUUGUUGAACAAGAACAAAAGAUCAGAUGGUUAAGUCUUUUACCGUCUAUCGAACGUCUCAUCGCCGUUCAUCCAAUUGUUAAAAGUUAUUUUCUCAAUCUCGAGGAUGAAUGUUCAGAUUUAUUACUAAAGUUCUUUACAUCACGUGAAAGUGAAUGUGCUUUGCACUUUUUGGCAAAUAUUUUACCUGAGAUUCAAAAUGUAAAUUUGCUAUUACAACAAGAGUACACAACUGGUGUCAAUUUGCAUGGUAUCAUUUCGAAUUUACUUCGUAAAUUAAAGAGUCGUUUGAAUGACGAGUUUUUUGGUUGUAAAGUUUCUCAACUGAUGGAAGAUUAUCCAAUUCAAGAAAUUGAAAAGCUACAUUCAUCAUUCAAAUGUUUUAUUCGUACGGUGAUUGAAUACAUCGAGAAAUAUUUUCACAAAUAUAAACUCUUUUAUCAAUCAAUUUCUAUCUUUGCUGAGCUCGAAAUCGACAAAAUCGAAUGGAAACGUGUCCAGCAAUGUUGCACCUUUGUUGUCAAUCAAAUCAUUGAUUUUGAUCAUUUAUAUGAUGAAUUCAAUCACAUUAAAUCAAAAUACAUUGAUUUAAAAGAUAAAUCUGGUGGAAUUGGAAAUCAAGUGCAAUCGUUUAUUACAUCAAAUUUAGGUUCAUCGAAGUAUGUAAACUCAACAAUUAAUCAUGUAACUGAGUUAUGUGGCGAUUGUGAGGUCGAAGAUAAUCUUGAUCCUACCGAAGAACAAGAAGACGAUGAUGGUUUUGAUGAUCGUCAACAAGAUUCAAAUAUAUAUAAACGUAAAAAGACAACCAAUGGCAUUCGAACGGAUCAUUUAUGGGCAUACUUGUUAAAUGGAGAACGUACACCGAAUUUACGAAAACUGAUCGAAUUUGUCUUUUCUAUUCCUGCCUCGAAUGCUUACUGUGAGUCCAUCUUCAGCCACAUGAAAUAUUUGUGA